UGUAUGAAAGGACCGCGUGUAUGUGUCUCUGCAGCCCCGCGCUCUUCCUCGUCUCUCGGUAGCACGCUCGGGCCGACAACAUGUCGAGGGUUUAUAUAGGAAGAUUGAGCUACAGAGCCAGAGAAAAGGACGUGGAGAGGUUUUUCAAAGGCUACGGGAAGAUACUCGAGGUCGACCUAAAAAACGGGUACGGCUUUGUUGAAUUUGACGACCCCCGGGACGCAGAUGAUGCUGUGUACGACUUGAACGGCAAAGAGUUGUGUGGGGAAAGGGUCAUUGUGGAGCACACCAAGGGACCCCGUCGUGAUGGAGGCUAUGGGGGAGGAGGAGGAGGGGGCGGAGGAGGGGGCGGAGGUGGAGGAGGAGGAGGAGGUGGUGGUAGUGGCGGCGGAGGCGGUGGAAGAAGUGGCUAUGGACGCUGGGGAAGAGACAGAUAUGGUCCACCUAUAAGGACAGAUUAUCGGCUCAUAGUUGAGAAUCUUUCCAGCCGCUGCAGCUGGCAGGACUUGAAGGACUACAUGAGGCAGGCAGGGGAGGUCACCUAUGCUGACACCCACAAAGGUCGGAGGAACGAGGGGGUGAUAGAGUUCAGGCUCUACUCUGACAUGAAGCGGGCUCUGGAGAAGCUCGACGGCACAGAAGUGAACGGCAGAAAGAUCAGGCUCAUCGAGGAUCGUCCUGGAAACAAACGCAAGAGAUCUUAUUCUCGCAGUCGCAGCCGCUCCAGGUCUCGCUCCAGGAGCCGCAGGUCUCGCAAGAGCCGCAGCCGCAGUGAGAGCAGUAGUCGCAGUCGCUCCCACUCAAGAGCGGCUUCACGCUCCCGCAGCCGAUCUCGUAGCAAGAAGAACAAGCCCAAGGGCAAGAAGGAGGACGAGGAGCGCAGCAACGGCGCUCAGAAGAACAAGGACAGCAGCAGGAGUCGCAGCCCCAAGAGCAAAAAGGGCAAGAAAGACGUAAAGAAGGGCAAGAAGGAUGACUCCAGGUCCAGGUCUCGCUCUCGCUCCAGGUCUCGUUCCAGAUCGGGAAUGAAGGAUCGCUCCAGAAAAUCUGGCUCAAAGGGCCGCGAGCCUCCCAAGAGCGAAGACGAGGGCGGCGAGCCCGAUAGGGGCUCUCGCUCCCGUUCACGCUCCCCUGUUGAUUCAAAAUCCAGAGCCAGGUCUAAAUCCAAGUCCAAAUCCAAAUCUCGUUCCCCCUCACCGGUCAAAGCCCGCUCCCACUCCCGCUCUGCAUCCCGUUCCGAAUCCCGCUCCAAAUCCCGCUCCCCGUCUCGUUCUCGCUCCCGUUCCCGUUCUUAGAUCACAUUUUGGACUGUCUGUCUUGAGCCCUUACCCUCCUGACCCCCCAUCCAGUUCACCAAUUACAUUCCCCAGACCCCUCAACACUACCCCCACCCCCCAUGUUUUUGAUAACUAGCUGUAGAAAACAAGGCACUCAGCCCAAUGUCUUUUAUGCACACGCUACUCCUUCAAUUCGUUUGACUUUUCCUCGACAUUCUUUCAUUAGAGCUUUCUCAUAUGGAGGUGUUUGUAAAUUAACAGGGUGCAAUCUCAGUUUUAUAAGUUUCAAUGAUGGUAUGGUAAGUGUCUUAGCCUUUUUUUAAUCAAACCUAGAAGCAUAUUGUGUUGUAAAAGUGCUGGGUGGGAAAUUGUUCUAGCAUCUCCUCACCUUAUGUGGAAACCUUGUAUCAUUUUAUUUCUGAUUAAAGAUGCCUGUUCUACA